UUGCCUCUUGGCCUGCCAAACCCACCAACAUCCUCGCCGACAAAACCCACCGGAGCUCCUCAAAACCAUUCAGAGAGAGAUAGAGAUUGCACCUUAAAACCCACCUCGCAGCAUCAAAACCCAUCGAUUUUCAUUUUCAUUUUGAUUCACUAAAAAUUAGCUGGAAAAUCAACUCUCACUGGGAAACUGAUUUACUGAACGAAGAUAAAAAAUUGUUGACAACUGAACUCGACCUUAAGUAAACAGAGAAGAGGAAGAAGGGAGAGAGAGGCAAGUGAGCUGCAAAAACCUCGCCGGAGUAUCUUGAAGUACAUCAACUGUUCUUACCUUCGCCGGAGCAAGCAGAUCUAACUCGUCGUCGAAGUGAGAAAUAUCCCACCGUCGAUGUGAGGCCUAGCCAAGGUUGCUGAAAACGGGAAAAGAGGGAUCUCACCAGUUUGAUCUCACCGGCGACUUACCCAAAUCUGCUGGAGAUGCUCUUAGCCUUUUUGUUUUAAUUCCACUCCAUUUAAAAUACUAAAGUAUAUUUUUUUCUUAUCAUUAUCUGUUCACAAAUACAAUUUCAAAUAUUAUACUAAUGUGUGUUGGUUCUACAUAUAUGUGAAGAAUUGCGUUUGGUGUUGUAUACCUAGCCUUUUUGCUUUCCAAUUGCGCCACAUAACGGGCGUUUUCCGUUACCAAAUGGACGGAAAUAGAACCCAGGUGCCCAAUUUCAUAGCGGGCGUUUACUUUCGGUGUUCUUUCUGAUAAAUCGAAUAGUUCAGGCGUUUACGAGACAUUAUGUGUAAAUUCAGGUGUGUUUUUUGAAAUUUUCCUUACAGAAACGUGGCACAGCCGCACAAGGAUUCCCAAUUGGGGAAAUCGCAUUUUCCACACUCUUGGACGCCGCUAGUUCUCUCCGAGUCGCCGGGAAAUCCCAAAACCAUGAAACCAACCGUACCUCCGUUCAACCUCCAUAACCAAAACCACAUCCGCUACGACCACGCCAAACCUCUAAACAUCCAUUCACAAUUCACCUCCAAAACCAAACUCCUGCCUCCCAAUCUAAUCGGAUACAAACGCUUUCGCGUCGAGAAUUCAGCUGUCGGAGGGAAACAAACUAGGGCUAGACAUCUGUUACCGGGUGGAAGGUGGUGGAAUCUGAGCGGUGGUUCGGAUGAAGUAGAAAACACGACGGAAGCAGAGGCGAAGCCGGUUACCGUUUUGAUUGCUCUUCGUCGAAUUUGGGCGUUGGUUGGUGAAGAGAAAUGGAUUGCAUACGCGGCGGUCGCUUCGCUUACUUUAGCUGCGCUUUCAGAGAUCUCAAUACCAAAUAUAUUGGCGGCUUCUGUAUUUUCUGCACAGAGUGGGGAGACUGUUGUGUUCUGUAGAAACUCACAGCUCUUGCUUUUCUUGUGUUUGACCUCGGGCAUAUGCAGUGGUGUACGAAGUGGCUGCUUUGGGAUAGCAAAUAUGAUCUUGCUCAAGCGACUAAGGGAAUCUUUUUUCACCGCUCUUAUUUACCAGGAUAUAUCAUUCUUUGAUAGCGAAGCAGUUGGUGGUUUGACUAGCAGGCUUGGAGCUGAUUGUCAAAGACUGUCUCAUGUGCUUGGAAAUGAUAUACAUUUGAUAUUACGGAAUGCUCUUCAGGGCAUAGGUGCAUUGAUCAAUUUGUUGACUUUAUCUUGGCCGCUUGCAUUGUCAACCUUGGUGAUAUGCUCUCUCCUAUCCACCAUCUUCCUAGUUUAUGGCCAGUACCAAAAGAAAGCGGCCAAAUUUACCCAAGAGUACAGUGCUCGUGCGAAUGAAGUUGCUCAAGAGACUUUUUCAUUGAUGAGAACUGUUCGAGUUUAUGGAACAGAAGAUGAAGAACUGAAAAGGUACAAGCAAUGGCUGGACAAAAUUGUCUUUAUUGGCAUUCGAGAAGGUCUUGCUUAUGGAUUUUGGCAUCUGAGUUUCAGCACUCUGUAUCGUUCAACACAGGUUGUUGCUGUAUUAUUAGGAGGAAUGUCAAUAUUGACCGGUCAUGUAACAGCUGAGCAACUCAUGAAGUAUGUAUUAUACUGCGAGUGGUUGAUUUAUGCAGCCUGGAGGGUGGAAGACAAUUUAUCAUCCUUGCUGCAGACUGUUGGAGCAACCGAAAAUGUUUUCCAGUUGAUGAAUCUCAUGCCUAGUGACCAAUUCUUAUCAAAAGGAAUGAAAUUGCAGAGGCUGAUGGGAAAGAUCGAGUUUGUCAAUGUGUCCUUUUACUAUCCUUCAAGGUUAACGGUGCCUGUCCUAGAGCAUCUAAACAUUUCUGUGCGUGCUAAAGAAAUGAUCGCAAUUGUCGGUCUCAGCGGUAGUGGGAAAAGCACAUUAGUGAACCUUUUGCUUCGUCUCUAUGAGCCAACUAAUGGAGAGAUUCUGGUUGACGGCUUUCCUCUGAGAAAGUUAGACAUCAGGUGGCUGAGGGACAAAAUUGGAUUUGUUGGACAGGAACCCCAUCUCUUGCAUAUGGAUGUCAAAUCAAACAUUUGUUAUGGUUGCUCAAGAGACAUCAUACAGGAAGACAUAGAAUGGGCUGCUGAACAAGCCCAUGCUCACGAGUUUAUCUCAUCUCUUCCCAGUGGUUAUGAGACCAUUGUUGACGAUUGUGUGCUCAGUGGGGGACAAAAGCAGCGGAUUGCUAUUGCUAGGGCCAUAAUUAGAGACCCUACCAUUCUAAUCCUCGACGAAGCAACUAGCGCUCUGGAUGCGGACAAUGAAUAUUAUAUCUCGAGAGUUCUUCAUGCUUUCAGAAAUGACGGGAGGGCGAGAAGAACAAUCAUCGUCAUUGCACAUAGCCUAUCUACUGUAAAAGCUGCUGAUAGAAUCAUGGUGAUGAAUAGUGGUCGAGUUGUUGAGAUGGGAAACCACGCGGAGCUUCUUCACAUGGACGGACUGUAUGCGCGGCUGGUAAAAACAAAAACAGAUGCUUUGGGUUGAUCAAGGGCCGGGAUAGUGAUGUUGCCCUGAAGAUAUUUCUGAUGACAUAAUAUGACAGGAAAAUGACGGCCAAGGCAUGACGGGUAUUAAUUAUCAGAACACUUCAUGAGCCGUCAUUUUCCCUAAUAUGACAUGACCCGCAGAUUUUGAUCCCCUGAGAAAGGGACUGCAUGCUCUAACUGGUACAGAAUGUGACCUCUCCUGGGGAUGUUUUGCAGCUGAAAGAGUGGUUGCCAUCAUAUAGUUGUAUUUUAGACUUUUAGUGUACACCUGGAAGGAAAAUAUGUUGUAGCAUUUGCUGCCUUUUAUCAAUUUAUGGCGUUGUUGGUAUAAAA